ACGUUUUAUUCCUCUUUUCUUAUUAGUAAUCGCAAUUUCAGUCUCCGAUUAAUUUUUUCUCCAUUCGCCAUUGUUCUUCCGAUUCUCUGCAGAAAUCAGGUAAUAAUGAUGAAGAUUGAUCUUAGUGGGCUUGAUCCCUCGGCGCCGAUGAAGAGAAACACAGAUGACUUGGAUAAUGAAAUUUUGGCUACACCAUCUUUUGCUCUUCCCACCACUGUUGAUUUUGAUGGGUUUCAAAAAGCGUCAAUUCAGAUGGUGAAGCCUGCAAGGGGAACUACAACUCUGGCUUUUAUAUUCAAAGGAGGUGUCAUGGUGGCUGCUGAUUCUCGUGCGAGCAUGGGUGGAUAUAUAUCAUCACAAUCUGUCAAGAAAAUUAUUGAAAUCAACCCAUACAUGCUUGGUACAAUGGCUGGAGGGGCUGCUGACUGCCAGUUCUGGCACAGAAAUCUAGGCAUUAAGUGCCGUCUACAUGAAUUAGCGAACAAGAGAAGAAUUUCUAUUGCCGGAGCCUCAAAGAUGUUGGCGAAUAUUUUGUAUUCUUACCGAGGAAUGGGCUUGUCUGUUGGAACUAUGAUAGCUGGCUGGGAUGAACAGGGUCCUGGCCUCUAUUAUGUGGACAGUGAAGGUGGACGGCUUAAGGGCACUAGAUUUUCUGUUGGAUCUGGUUCACCAUAUGCUUAUGGUGUUUUGGACAGCGGAUAUCGUUUUGAUCUAUCUGUUGAGGAAGCUGCUGAGCUGGCUAGACGAGCAAUCUAUCAUGCUACAUUCCGUGAUGGAGCCAGUGGUGGUGUUGCCAGCGUAUACCACGUUGGACCAAAUGGAUGGGAAAAGCUAUCUGGUGACGAUGUUGGAGAACUCCACUACAAGUACUACCCCGUUGAAACUGCAGUUGUGGAACAGGAGAUGACUGAGGUAGCUAUUGCGUGAUUGAGUUACAAUUUAGAACUUUUCCUAUCAUUUGCUUCUGAUUAGUGUGUAAGACAAUAUAAUCUACAAGAUAAACCUAAACUGGUUUUGCUUUUGUAACAUUUUAUUUUUGAAUUAAACAACUUGCUCUUAUCAUGUGUGCCCCCAACAAAACUAUUGUUGUAUCUCGAUUA